AUGUCGAUAUGUCUCUCCAGGCUGUCUAAUAUAACUUCACCGCAAUUCCAUCGAGACGUUAUUGCCAAAAUUAUCGUAGAUCUAGGAGGUAACCCCACUGAAUCUUUAACACCCUCCCACAAGGUUGUCGUCAGCAUUGAAAAGUCAGGUAAAAGAUAUGAAAAGGCCAUUGAAUGGGGGAUUCCAGUUGUCCAUCCCAAAUGGGUUACUGAUAGUGCCGAACGAGGAGCUGCACUACAAUGGAAGUAUUACGAUAUCACCACAGUCAAACCCGAGAUGAUUGGUUGGGGCAGCUGUCUAGUUUGGCAUAAGUUGGAUAGGUCACCGUUCCAACAAGUGUGCGUAAGGCCAGAAAAUGAUACAAUAUUUCCCGAUAAGAAUUCCGAACUGGUUGUUCGAGAGCAACACCAUCCUUCUAUGUCGCCCAAUUCUGCUCAUCAUGCCAACUUAUCGACCGCCUUGCAUCAUAGUGGUAGUCAAAUUUUCAACAAAAUUGGAUUUUACCUUUGUGGUUUCUCUGAAAACGAGUUUUUGAAGUUGAAAUCCGUGAUAUCGGAUGAAGGUGGCGAUAUCGUGCCUGAUACUAGUGCGAAUAUCAUCGUUGUACCAUCUUACUACUCUUAUUCCGAUGUCCCCGGAAAACUCAAGAAUCUUGCAGACUUGAAGGGGAUAAAAAUUCUCAAUGAGUGGUUUAUCGAAAGAAGUUUACACUAUUCCAAGUUAUGCUUUGAUCAGUGGUCGGUGCCCAGGAUACAUACCACUCUCAAAUUAAGUUUAAAAGUUGCAUUCUCAGGAUUUGUGGGCAUAGAGCUUCUACACGUAGAGAAGGUGCUGAAAUCUCUUGGUUGUUGCCCCACUCGAACUUUUGACCAAACCAGUGAUCUCUUGGUCAUCAAUAUCACAAGCAUAGGUCUCACGGAACAACACUCCCCAACUAUUUUUGACAAUGACUAUAAAAGUUUACUAUCAGUUCCCUGUCCGAUGGAGCUCGAGGCCCCAUUAUCUAAGACCAUGAAUAAGGUAUUAGCCGCCAAAACUUGGGGAAUCCCUGUGGUUUCUUUUGCAUAUAUCUGGAAGGUGACCGAUACAGGAGACUUACCUGCUCUUCAAAAUGAUUCUUUCUGCAUCUUUGCUUCAAAUCCUAUGGAGAGGAGGACAAAGGGACAGUUUUCUCACCAAGCAGAGAUGGUUGACACUGAAUUGAAGAGCACUAUUGAGAGUACUGCAUUAGGGAGCAACGGGUUACUCUCACAGGAUGGCUCUUUUGGGUCUUGCGUUAAAAACGAACAACCAUUUCCCAAAAUGAGUCAACAUAUAACAUCCAAAAAACAAUUAAAAUCCAUUAGACUGGCGGGAAUGGCCUCUGAGUCGCGUUUGAACACUCUGUCAACCCUACAGCAAGAACGCCAAGGUUCGCAUUUUGAUUCUGGAAGCUCCAGCAAAACAACUGAGAUUCAAGUUUUAGAACUCCAAGCCUCAAGGAGUCGCAGAAAGAACUGAAAUGCAGAUAUUGGAAGCGGUAAUAAACUAUGAUCGCGACAGAAGAAAUUGCUCAACUCUAAUGUGCGCCAUGUUUAAUCUCAAUCAGCUUAUUAGUAUCUCGUAUAUCUUAUUUCAAUACCUAUCACAUAUUAACGUUGGAUUGACAUAUUGCAUAGACUAUGUAGAAAUGCUAUCUGAUUACGAUCAC